AUGUCCUCACCCGACACGGAGCGGCGGGCGAGGAAAACCAUUCAGGUGCCCUACGACAACUGUAACACUGACGACAAAACAGUCCGCAUCAGUGCACAACAAUCGUCACUGUGCUUCAUCCACUAUCCUCGCGAUCAAGUAAGCGUCACGCGGCCAAAUGGGUGCGUCAUGGCACUCGUCAAAACCGACACUCCAGAGAGCAAGGCUCGGAGAGCCGUGUUCUGUACCACCAAGAACGGCGAGAAGGACAGAAAGAAGCUGCGACGGCGCCGCACUGCGUUCACCCAAGCACAGCUGGCCUUCCUCGAGGCGAAGUUCCGCUACCAAAAGUAUUUGAGCGUCUCCGAUCGUGGAUCAGUGGCCAAGGCUCUCAGGCUCACCGAGACGCAGGUCAAGACUUGGUACCAGAACAGGAGGACCAAGUGGAAGCGGCAGAGCCAGCUGAAAGCAGAGCAGCUUCGUAGGCCACAUUCAGAUGCUCAUCUGACAAAUACAGUGGCGACCGACGUCUACCUCAACCUGCUGUCACCCGGAGAACAUUGCCUCAACAAGAACGGAUACGUCGGAGGCAUGUUCGUCACUGGAUUUUAGAGCAUAGAUGGCACAACAGAUCACCAUGUUUUAUCAUACCUCUAAAUAUUCUAGCUCAAUGAAUGCAAUUACGAUUAUCGUUGUCUGCAUUUUAAUUGCUGGCACUGCAAUUCGGCGUCCUAAUAAAGUAGUGGCGUACUUAUCAAACAAGGAUGUUUGUCGUUACCUCCAAAUAUGUCUUGUACAAAAGUAGAGCUAG